UGCCAAAUUGAUAAUGGCAUAUCAUUCUCGAGUCAGUUUUCCAUUGAAUACAAACAAAUAUGUCUACCUUCGCUUUCUUCUUGCUCUGCGUCCAGGCUUGCCUGAUCCAGAAUGUAUACAGCCAGUACGUUGGCAAUGCAGGAGCUCGCGAGGUUGCUGUCGAGAAAACAACUGUAGUUGACUCUGUGGAAGUCGGACGUGCCGAUCGUGGCUUUGGACUUGCAAAGGGCGCCGGCUGGGGCCCUGGAUACGGAUACGGCCCAGCUGGUCUUGGAGCCACCGGUCUAGGACUCGCCGGUGCCAAUGUUGGGGCUAUCGGUGUUGAACGAGUUGGUCUCGGCGCAGUUGGACUCGGCGCAGGUGGACUCUCUCCUUACGGAUGGGAAGCUGGUUACAACGUGGCUGGAUUAGGCGCCGGUAUUGGCGCAGGCCUUGGUAUCGCGGGGGCCAACGUUGGCGCUAUCGGUCUACCUGCACCUCCUGUGCCUGUGGUCAACACUGGCUACGGCGGUGUGGGCAACGGUAAGAUGGAAGUGUUUGCCGAGGUACCAGUCGUUGGCUCCACCCUCGUGACCGGUCAAGUGCCAGCGAUUGGCGCUGUGCAAUUCUCAGGCGUCCUGCCCGCUAGUGGCUCCGUCUCUAUUACUGGCAACUGCGGUUGUGGUGCUAUUGGUUAUGGUCCAUUCUAUUAAGUAGUUUUAUACCUAAAUUGCCUGCCAAUUUUUUCAACAUCUUAUAUCGUAUCAUCAUCAUCAUUUCAGUCAUUAUCUAAGAUGAUGAUGAUGAUUUAUUUCAUCAUAUGCUUAAUAAUAAUUAGGUUCACACAUUAUAAGUAUGAAUAGUAUUUCAAUUAUUAUAAAAUGUUUGGAAACUUGAAUGUAAAGAUUUAAAAUUUUUCAUCACAAGUGAAAUAGUGCUUGCUUGAAGAUGAACAUUUAGAAAUAUUGUAAUUUUAUAUAUUUAUGAAAAACACAUAAUGUGAUCUGUAUGAGCGCUUUGAAAAUUUUAAUUUCUGACGUUACUCGUCAGAAAUUAAAAUUUGACUGACUGUCUGUGACAUAACAUUUCUAUUGUCUCUGCUCUGUCAAUUUCUAACAGUGAUGGCUUUAUAAAUAUAUUUCAUUUAACAAAUUA